AUGACCAUAAUCAAAAAGGUUACAUUGGGACAUUUCACUAGAGUUCCAAAUGGAGUCUCCAUCAAUCUUGCGAAUUCAUUCGUCGAAGGUCUCAAAACAAAGCAAGAGGUUGAUGUCCACAUGAUUAAUGUCGCAACUGAGUUGAUGAGAGGUUGUGCUGGUUGUGCUCGACAUGAAGACAUUUGGUGUUCACAAGACGAUCUUUGCUUUGCAACAAUGAAGGAACUCAUUGAAGCCGACCUUGUUGUUUUUGCAUAUCCUGUUCAAUGGCAAUCAAUUCCAGGUGAUCUCAAGAAUUUCAUCGACAGAACUGUGAUGCUUUAUAACUGGGCAGACUGGACUGCAAAGAAGUGCAUUGCUGAUAAGUUCACCAAAAAACAAUUUGUAUGCCUUGUCACUUGCCAUAACUCAGGAGCUGAAACUGCCAUCUUCCCAGUUAAGACUUUUGUUGGUUUUCUUAAAUCCAAAUUGGACACCUACAUUGUGAAUGAUAGCCAAGAACUGUCUUUCAAGACUAAAGGAGCCAAAGAGUUUGGAGAGAAAAUUGGACAACAACUUUAA